GUAAUCGUCUCCAGGUCGUCUGCGACUAUAAAAGUGGCCGAGUGAUCUCGCAUCGAUAUCACAGUCGGUUUUGCUUCCGCGUUUGAAGUUGCACAUUCCCGCCAACUUUUUCAACUGCCAAAGAUGAAGUGUAUCGCAGCCCUAGUCAUCGCUGCCACCAUUAUGGUGACGGAAGGUUCCGUAGUUCCGCUGAUUUGGCCUGGACCAGUUGCAAUCCCAGCUCCCGCAGGACUUGCCAUUCCUGGAGCGACGGUAAUUCAAUCGAACCCACCUCCAGCAAUUCUUGUACCUGCUCCAGCUGCAGCAGCGAUUGCUAUCGACGCUUCCGGAGCACCGGCUGUGGUCUGGGUUGCCCCACCAGCAGCCCCUGCCGUUGUAGCCGUUGCACCUGCUCCAGCGGCAACUUCCGUUUCCGCUACACGAGGAUCCGUGCACGUGGCACCUCUUCCAGGUCAUUCUGUCUCACAGCAGCAAUUGAAUCUGGCUCCCGCUCCAGGAUCGGAAUAGAGCGUAUACCAAAAUACCAAACUUUCAAUCAGAAAACGGACCAGGAUGAUCGAAACCUGUUUUCAGGAUGGAGCCUUGUUCUACGUUAUCGGAGACUCCAAGCUUGACUAUGGGGAAUCUAACUCUAUCUCAAUGCUCUUUCUCAUGAAUACUCCUUCAAUAAAAUGCAAUCGGCGACGUAAGGUCGAAAA